UGCCUAUAUAAGUAGUCGAAAUAUAGAUUAAUAUUUAAAACAUACACAUACAUAUACAUAGCCAGCUGCCUUGAACAGACUGAAAGACCAAGUUCUGCUGUAUGGCUUCUGUGUUUAACCUUUUCGAGCACGGAAGGCGUUCAGCGACGCGCAUACGGGUGGUGCCUCGUGAUCGUGAUUACCAAAUUCCACGUAAUAUACAGCGUGGGAGCCUUUAUUAUAGAUAAAGAUGUUAUGUUACACAUUGGAAUUAGGAAAUUAUAACACUAAUUGCGCAUCGAAGUAUGGGACUGGUUGGCCGAACUGCAUUGGUUUGGUAGCCGGUGUUGCAUAAGUGGAACGCGAGCUGACAUAACGAAGACUUCGCAAUCGGCACCACGCCGGCCUUGGCCCGCUUGGUGCCGGCGCAUUCGGUCACCGCACGCCGCGUCUUUUCGUACACAAGCUUACGGCCCGCGCUCACAGUGCCGCCUUCUACUUCGCGCUAAGCACUAGUGCAAGUGAUAUACGCGCACUUGAACACGAGUUGGGGUUACUGGGACAUCGGUACAAUAGUAUCAAGUGAGCACCCAAACGUAGAUGAACUGUUUAUGAGCAGAAAGGAGAUUGUUGCUGUCUGUACGUAUGACAAGAGUUUUUGUGGAAUGAGACUGGUUGCAUCAUGUGCAUCGUGUAACAUGCCUGCAUUGGAAAAUAACAAGGCGGAAGACUACUUAGAUACAUUGAGACCCUAGAUGUCUGUGUGAAAGAUUAACGUCACUAGCACCGAUUUAAAACUGUAAGGCGUACGGUGAGAAAUGGCUUUCAGCAGACAUGGCUUCAUUUUAUCUAUGUUCGUUAUCAUAGCGAUCAUCGCUCCUCAAUUCACAGCUGUACCCCCUACUGCUGAAAAGUUUAUAAAUAAGGAUCGUACUAACAGACAAGCUGCUAUAAAGGCUGGAAAACAAGUCCCAACAACACCGAAAUGGGGAUUCUUUGGAACAGUGUUUCAUCUUAUUUUAGAGCAAAUCAACGAUACUAAGAGUGCCUACAAUCAAAUAUCCGAAUUAGUAAAUAAUCAAUUUUCCGAUGAUAAUGCGGUUACCAAAGCUCCAAAUCCUAGUAACAAUAGCACUACAGAAGCACCAAAAAUUUCUAGAGCAGAAUUUUUGAAAAUUCUCGACCGUAAUUUAAAAGGCCUGGCUCGGUUACGGAAUCUAGAAAAUCGUAUAGCUAGACAGGACACAAUGGCCAACCUUCGACGUUACAAAGAUGAAAUUUUCGGAAAGAAGAAUGAAAACAGAUAAUUUUUUCCAUUGGGUAUAUUAAAUAUAGGUUUGUGUAAUGUUUGUUAUUUAUUUUUAUGUUUAGAAAAAGCAUUAUGGUCAAGGGAAAAAUUAAAAUAAAAUGAAGCUCCAAUCAGACAGACCGUUUAUUGUGUAG